CGAGGAUACGGGACUAACGCGUCGUGUAGGACUUCUAAGGAAACUCAUCAACACAACGUUAGCAUCGUGUGCGUCUAUGGAAAGUUUCGUGAACGACAUAGUGGGUACAGCACACCAGUUGCGUGGUAUUGGUUUCGACAUCAGUGAAGAGUGGAUCGGCACGUUACUUAUCGCCGGGUUACCUGAUGAGUACAAGCCGAUGAUCAUGGCGCUAGAAAAUUCUGGAACGGCGAUAACUGGCGAUAUCAUAAAAGCUAAGUUGCUGCAGGAACACAAAUCUAGUGCGUCAUCUGAAAAGGCGGUCUUUCUUGGAACGACGAAGCAUCAAUGGCAGCCGAGAAAUCAACAAGGUGCACCAUCGAAGCAGACAAAGGGACCGAAGUGCAGGCGUUGCGGUAAGUUCGGCCAUAUUGCCCGAAACUGUACAGUGAGUGCGUCUUCGUUAAGCAUGGUGCUGGGAACAGUGGGAACAAUGAGUGGUGCGAAUUGUUAUGGCCCAACCUGCCUAACGGCUAAGGGCACUCACCGAAGACAGGCAAUGGUCUUCGGGUGAUGUGUGAGUGUAGCAGGUCGGGCCAGAGAGAGAGCCGAGCGGCGAAGUGCAUUAUUAUACGGUAGGCUAUCGCACGGGCAACAAGAGGAGAUAGAUAAAGAUAUUCCAUAUACUCAGAAAGACGAAAGUGUACUGUAUUCGAUAGAAGGGUGGCGAUAUCACAACAGUGGCGACGAGUUUAGUUACAUUGUUUUAUUUAUUGAACUGUUUUUAUCGAACCGAACGCAGAGUUAAUUUAUUUUGUUUCGUUUUAACGUAUUAUUUAUUCAAAGUGUGUCGGCCGUAUACGCGUCAAGUCGUUAUUUUAUUUUUUUUUAUUAAUCGUUUGUGAAUCGCGCCAAAAGAAAUCGGUACAAUUUCGCGUAAGCGUAGAAGGAUGCUAAACCCGGACGAAAUGAUGGAGGAGGAAGAGCAUCGCCGCUUAUCCCAAAAUUGGGGUGGAAAUGCAGUUUUUGGUAAUGGGCAGCAGCAGCCAUCGCAGAGCAACGUAGCGUUACCAGCUCAACCACCAUUGCAAAAUGUAGUCGGGGCGCCAUCGCAGCAAGGUGCAUCGACCUCGGGGCAAGACGCCGGGAUGCUAUCGCAAAUGCUGAAAUUAUUGCAACAGCAAAUGAACCAGCAACAGCAGCUUAUGGCGCAAAUGUUGAAAUACCAACAGCAAUCCGUCCCGCAGCCUUCGCAACCUAGUUUGAUACCGACUAAUCCUGAGCUUAUAAUUGAUGCGUUGGCGAGCAACAUAAGCGAAUUUAGAUACGAGGCUGAAUCAGGAGCAACGUUUAAGGCCUGGCACGAGCGUUACGAGGACUUAUUUUUGAGGGACGCUUCCCGACUCGACGAUGGGGCGAAAGUACGGCUCCUUGGGCGUAAGUUGGGCACGGCAGAACACGCUCGUUUCACCAGUUUUAUACUACCUCGCGCGCCUCGUGAACUAACAUUUGACGAAACGGUUGCAAAGCUAACGGCCCUUUUUGGUAGAACGGAAUCCUUACUCAGCAAACGUUACAAGUGCAUGCAGAUAACCAAAGCACCCCGGGAAGAUCUGCUCACGUUUUCUUGCCGCGUAAACCGUGCCUGUGUCGACUUUGAGUUUGCCGGAAUGAACGAGGAGCAAUUCAAGUGCCUUAUCCUUGUUUGCGGACUCAAAGAAGAAGUCGAUAGUGACAUGCGCAACCGGUUAUUAGCCCGUAUCGAGGAGAAACAUGAUGUGACGUUGGAGCAGUUAUCAGCAGAAUGCCAGCGUAUCACCAAUAUAAAAGUGGAUAGUGCAUUAAUUGCCAACGAAUCAGGAGAACGGGUCCUUGCAGUGAACAGCGGUGGCUAUAGACAAAAACAAUUUCAAUUUAAUCGUCAGCAGUACCAGUCCUACGGUCAACCGACACAGGCGCAUGCACGGGCAAAUGAUAACACCAUGUCAGUACAAAAGCCCUUGAAUGCGUGUUGGUUGUGCAGUGGCCCGCAUUGGAAGCGUGAGUGUCCAUAUAGGUCCCACGAAUGUGCGGAUUGUGGAAGGCUUGGGCAUCGCGAAGGGCACUGUGAAGUCGUCAAUCGAUUCCAGCGGCUUGGAUACAAUAAAAAAGGUACUAAUGUGGCAACGCGCGUCGUGAACAUAAAUGUAUGCGAUGUAGAAGCAAGGCGAAAGUAUGUACAUAUCUUGAUCAACGGAAGACCAACUAAGCUGCAGCUAGACACGGCAUCAGAUAUUACGGUGAUCAGCGAGGGAUUGUGGAAGGAUAUCGGACAGCCAUCUCUGAUAAGGGCUACGGUAAAAGCUAAGGCGGCCUCGCAGGAGUAUCUUGAACUAAUGGGUGAGUUUGAAGCGUUAUUAACCAUUGCUUCUAGGGCCCAAAAGGCAGUAGUUCGAGUCGCAUAUGCUAACCUGUUGUUACUAGGAGCAGACGUCGUGGAGUCCUUUUCACUCGGAUCUAUCCCGAUGGACCAUUAUUGUAGUAGCAUCGAUGCGGAAAGUGCAACUCAGAUGACAUGGGAGGAACGUUUUCCAACAGUUUUCCGAGGGAUGGGUCUUUGCACCAAAUCAAGCAUAAAGUUGAAAGUGAAGGAAGGCAGUCGACCCAUAUUUCGUCCCAAGCGGCCGGUGGCAUACGCAAUGCUGAAGACUGUUGAUGAGGAGCUAGAUCGAUUAGAAACCUUGAACGUGAUCACGCCAGUUGAUUAUUCUGAGUGGGCUGCCCCCAUAGUGGUAGUGCGUAAAGCGAACGGGAAAAUUAGGAUCUGCGGUGACUAUUCUACUGGACUGAACGAUCUUCUACAAUCACAUGAGUAUCCACUCCCUUUGCCUGAGGAUAUCUUCGCUAAAUUGUCUAAAUGCCGCAUAUUCAGCAAAAUUGACCUUUCUGAUGCUUUUCUACAGGUCCAAAUCGAUAAAGAGUAUCGCCCGCUGUUGACGAUCAACACCCACCGGGGAUUAUACCACUACAACCGUUUGCCUCCGGGAAUAAAAAUUGCCCCAGCAGCAUUUCAACAGUUGAUCGACACGAUGCUGGCAGGACUGUCAGGAGUUUGUGGUUAUAUGGACGACCUUAUAAUCGGUGGCUUGACAGAUGAAGACCACGAUAAGACUUUGGGUCAAGUACUGAAGCGUAUAGAAGAAUUCGGAUUUACACUACGGGCUGAUAAAUGCGUUUUUAGAAUGUGUCAGAUAAAAUACUUAGGGCAUGUAAUUGAUGGUAGAGGAAUACGCCCUGAUCCGGAAAAGAUAAGCUCCAUACAAAACUUACCGCCACCCACUGACAUCGCAGGAGUUCGUUCUUUUCUUGGAGCUAUAAAUUACUAUGGGAAGUUCAUACCGAUGAUGCGGGAUCUAAGAUUUCCACUCGACAGCCUUUUAAAAGAUGAGAAGCAAUUCAAAUGGACAAAGGAGUGUGAAGCGGCAUUUAUGAAAUUUAAGGAAGUACUAUCAUCAGAACUUUUACUAACACAUUACGAUCCAUCCGCAGAAAUAAUAGUGGCAGCAGACGCCUCAUCCGUUGGAAUCGGAGCCACUCUUAGUCACAAGUUCUCCGACGGUAGCAUCAAAGUUGUGCAACACGCUUCAAGGGCGCUGACAAAGGCGGAAUCCAACUAUAGCCAAAUAGACCGCGAAGGUCUGGCCCUUGUUUAUGCGGUUACAAAAUUUCACAAGAUGUUGUACGGCCGUCAUUUUCGACUCCAAACUGAUCAUCGUCCUUUACUCCGGAUUUUUGGAUCGAAGAAGGGCAUUCCGAUAUACAAGGCUAGCAGACUACAGCGAUUUGCCCUCACCAUGCAGUUAUAUGAUUUCACAAUAGAAUAUGUACAAUCCGGAAUGUUUGGAAAUGCAGAUAUCCUUUCGCGACUCAUAAGGAACCACGCAAAGCCCGAAGCCGAAUAUGUGAUUGCCAGCCUAAACCUAGAGGAGGAUUUAAGGUCAGUAGCUAUCAACGCGAUUUCUAAUUCCUCUCCUCUUUGUUUUAGAGAUGUGGAGAGAAGUACGCAAGCGGAUCCAUUGCUGCAGAAAGUCUAUCUAUAUAUUCAGGAAGGCUGGCCACGGGAUGCUACUUUUGGUUCAGAGUUGGCACGUUUUCACGUCAGGAGUGAAGCGCUAUCGACCGUCGAAGGGUGCAUCCUCUUUGGCGAAAGAUUAGUGAUACCGGAAGAUCUGCGUGCGCAUUGUCUAGAACAGCUCCAUCGAGGCCACCCAGGCGUUGAACGUAUGAAAUCUCUCGCACGAAGCUACGUGUACUGGCCAAGAUUAGACGACGAAAUAGUGCAGUACGUGGCUGCUUGUGAGGCAUGUGCUGCAGCAGCAAAGUCACCGCCUCAAGCAAAACCGACGCCGUGGCCGAAACCUUCUGGUCCAUGGCAAAGGUUACACGUGGACUAUGCGGGGCCAAUUUUAGGCGACUACUUUCUUGUGGUUGUGGAUGCCUUCUCAAAGUGGCCAGAGAUUGUGAAAACCUCCACAACAACUUCACGGGCCACGGUAGCGAUAUUACGUGGAUUAUUCGCACGCUUUGGCAUGCCCCUGAGUAUUGUCAGUGACAACGGGCCACAAUUUACGAGUCAGGAAUUCAAAAACUUUUGCGAGUGCCAUGGGAUCCGACAAGUAACAACGGCGCCAUUUCACCCGCAAUCCAACGGACAGGCGGAGCGUUUCGUCGACACAUUGAAGCGGGCUCUAAAGAAAAUACAAACGGGAGGCACAUCUAUGGAUGAAGCGUUGGACACAUUCUUGCAGGCGUAUCGCACCACGCCAAACCCAGCGCUUGAGGGGAAUACAACACCGGCGGAAAUCAUCGUUAAGUACCCCGUAAGGACUCACUUGGAGCUAUUACGUCGGCCUCCUGUUGUCGAAGAGGAAACAGAAAUCACCGCUGCAGGGCUCCAGCCAGGAGAUGUUGUUGCAACCAAGAAGUACUACCAAAAUACAUGGAAAUGGAUCUCCGCUGAGGUGCUACGAAGGCUGGGAACGGUGAUGUAUGAGUUAACCAGCCGAGACGGUCGAAUUAUGCGGAGACAUAUAGAUCAGAUCAGGAAACGAUCAGUUAAAGAACCUCAUCAGUUGGUGCAGGAUAGUGAGACGCCCACACAACUGCCCAUCGACAUUCUGUUGGGUGAAUGGAGUUUAACGGUACCGAACGAGCCUUUGCCGCUAAGCAGUACAACGGAGGAAUUGCGCACGGUCCCUUCACCCCAGCCAUUCUCCCCGGCACAGGUUGCACCUUCGGAAAGCAAUCAUCGUAAGAUACGCUCACCUCGCCGUUCGUCUAGGAAUAGAAAGCUUCCGCGAAGGUUCGAUGCGUUCAUACUUUAAAGGGGGAGAUGUUAUGGCCCAACCUGCCUAACGGCUAAGGGCACUCACCGAAGACAGGCAAUGGUCUUCGGGUGAUGUGUGAGUGUAGCAGGUCGGGCCAGAGAGAGAGCCGAGCGGCGAAGUGCAUUAUUAUACGGUAGGCUAUCGCACGGGCAACAAGAGGAGAUAGAUAAAGAUAUUCCAUAUACUCAGAAAGACGAAAGUGUACUGUAUUCGAUAGAAGGGUGGCGAUAUCACAACACGAAUAGCGAUACGUGGUACUUUGAUUCAGGUGCGUCUGAACAUUUCACGAACAAUCGUAAUUUGUUAGAAAACGAGUGUGCGGCAAGUGGUACUGUAAGAGCAGCGGAUAAACAAGCGAUGGAAGUUAUUGCGAAAGGCUCUAUCAGGUUUAACACUAAAUGCAUUCCAAAGGGCACAACGGUUAACGUAGAAAAUGUGAAGUAUGUCCCGUAUCAAACAAUUUAUUAUCGAUUAGCCAAAUAGUUCGACAGGGCAAAGAAGUUUAUUUUACCAACAAAGGCGUAAAAGUGAUUGGACCAAACGGCAUUGUUAUUGUAACCGGUAGUCGCGACGUUACGAAUGGCUUAUUCCCGUUAGAAGAGAGAAAAGAUAGUUUUGCGAUGGCGGUUACAUCUAAAGCGGUAGAUUCAGCUACAUGGCAUAGAUGAAUGGGACACCUUAAUUAUAGCAAUUUAAAGAUGUUAAAAGAUGGAUUAGCAUCCGAUAUAACGUUUAAUGGGAUUGAGUCUGAAAAUUGCGUAAUAUGUGCGAAAGGAAAACAGUGUCGUCUCCCAUUUCCUAAAAUAGGCAUUCGAGCCGAUGAUAUAUUAGAGAUCGUUCAUAUGCGGUCCAAUGGAAGAAACGUCAUUAGGAGGAAAGUGAUAUUUUAUAACGUUCAUAGACGAUAAAACAAGAAGAGUUGCAGUAUAUUUCUUAAAACAAAAAUCAGAAGCGGAAGUAUUAGAAGCUUUUGAAGAUUUUCGUACCAAAGCGGAAAGAGAGACCGGACGCAAACUAAAAAUUUUGCUUAGUGACAAUGGAAAGGAAUAUACGAACCAAUUAUUACAAAACAGGUUAAAACAACUAGGGAUCAAACAUCAAACUUCAACCGAGUAUACCCCAGAACAAAAUGGCCUAGCGGAAAGGUUCAAUAGAACAGUAGUAGAAAAAGCGCGUUGCAUGCUGUUUGAUGCAAAUUUACCCAAACCCUUUUGGGCGGAAGCUGUUCUAACGGCCAAAUAUCUCAUUAACAGAUCACCCACGAAGGGGCAUAAUCUAACUCCAGAAGAAGCUUGGAGUGGUCGCAAGCCUAACCUCACUCACAUUCGUGUGUUUGGAUCAAAAGCGAUGGCACACAUUCCAAAGCAAAAGCGAUUGAAAUGGGAUAGGAAGUCUAAGGAGGUAAUACUCGUAGGAUAUGACGAAACUGCUAAGGCAUAUAGGCUUUAUGAUCCUGAAAGGAAAGACGUUAUGAGAAGUCGCGACGUUAUUUUCAUAAACGAAUGUAGUAGUCACAAUCAAGAGAUACUCCCAGACAGUGAACAAACCCGAAAUACGUUUGUUAGUUUAGAUUAUGAUCCUACACUUUCCGAUAACCUGGUUGAAGCAUCUCAAACGCAACAUACAGAAACAUUAAGACGUAGUGAAAGGCCUCACAAGUUACCAACACGUUACAACGACUAUGUAGGACCAGAAAUAGCAGUUCGUUGUAUUUCUGGUGUAGACCAUGAAACUGAGACCCUUGUUGAUCCUCCAGAUUUACAUGGAUUAGUUGCGAAUCAUACAACCAGCCAAGCCAUAAUGCAUGAUCCACGUACUGUAAAUGAAGCUUUACAUAGUGAAGAUGCUAGUAAGUGGCGAGAGGCAAUGGAUGAGGAAUACCAAUCACUCCUUGAUAACAAUACCUGGGACUUAGUCAAGUUACCAACCAAUUCUAAACCAAAAGGUUGUAAAUGGGUUUUUAAAACCAUAGUAAAUGAGGAUAACAAUACAACUCGUUACAAAGCUAGACUAGUUGCGCAGGGAUUUACACAAAAAUUCGGAACAGAUUAUGAUGAGAUAUUUUCUCCAGUAAUGAAACAGACUACUUUUAGAGUACUGCUAACUGUAGCUAGCCAGAAAAAUAUGGUUGUUAAACACGUUGAUGUAAAGAAUGCUUAUCUUAAUGGAGAUUUAGCAGAGACCAUUUACAUGAAACAACCCGAAGGGUACGCUAUAGGCGAUAAAGACACGGUAUGUCGAUUAAGGAGGAGUUUAUACGGAUUGAAACAGUCCGCGCGUGUUUGGCACCAAAAGGUCGAUUCUACUUUCGAAGCAAUAGAUUUUGUACAAUGUAAUUCAGAUCCUUGCCUCUACACAAGAAAGCACGGACAAGCUUUUGCUUAUGUUGCUUAUGUUGUUAUGUAUGCUUACGUUGUAUACGUCGAUGAUUUGAUAAUCAUAACUCAGACAAAUAGUGAAUUUGAAGCUAUUUUGGAACAUCUGAAAAACAACUUCAAAAUGACCAAUUUAGGGGAUAUUCAUCAUUUCCUAGGUAUUGAAAUUGAAAAGGAUGAGCAAGGAUACAAGUUAGGACAAUCUGGAUACAUUCAAAAACUUGCUGUUGUGACGAGUAGAAAACGCCCUUAGGCACUCAGGAGCUGCGCGCCUCGGAACGUGAGUGUGUUCGGGUUUAGCCAGGGAUCGUGAGGACACUCUCGGAUAAGCGGUCAAGCAAGUAGGAACGCGAUUAGGAAGUAAGCGGAAUAAAAAUUAUCCUGUUAGCUGUAUGAGUAAA